UGCUUCCCAAAUCAUGACAAGGAGCCUCGGGGAUUUCAAAAGAGAACCAAGAAAAGCAAUUCAGACCGUUGAAGACAGAAAACAAGAUCCGUUUGGGGAUGUGAUCAAAAGAAUCAUGCAUGAAAUUCAUCUUCACGCCCAGCUGAACCCCACUGGUGACCUGGGCACUCAGGUGUAUGAACAGUGGUCUGUUCAGAAAGAACGACAAGCUGCAAAGGAGGGAGAUCAGAAAGUGCGAGUUUGUGCUGAAUAUCUCAGGCAGUACAACAACGGCCUGAUGCGCUGCAACAUCCUUCGAAUGCAAGACGCCCUCAGCUUCCUGAAGAAUUACCAUGAAGAGCAAAAUAAGAAGAAAAGUUCUCCAGAUGAGGAGCAAAACAUACAAAUAACCGACACAGAGAGAUUUCUCUUCAAGCUCUUUAACGGUACCGCCAUUUUUCUUUCAUGUAUUAGCAGUACAUUGUACUCUUUAAUUUUACUGCAUUUCUUCUUACAGUUGAGAAA